CGCCACAUUAUCGGUAUAGUUGUUUCAUCGCAUUUGAAAGGCAUCGGUUCAUCUCCGAGAAAGCGCAUGCUAGUAGUUUUUUCUUCUAUCGCGCGCACGAAGAUCAUGUACUUGCUUUGUGAAGAACGCAUCGCGUGCGGGUUUCCCCAAUCGAUAUCGACACAGGACCCCAACCGUAUGUAACGUAUAUGAUACAAACAGAACACGACCUGCAGCUCUAACGGCACUUUGAUCGAUGAUGUAGACGUUGUUUGCGCAGCUUCUGCUCUGCGUCGGUCAUACAAAAUAUCGCGUAUUCAAAUACUUCCUGCAACGAGCCCCCUCUAUUUUACUUUAAAGAAAGAUCAACAUUUCCGCAUCCAUGAGAUAGGCUUGUUUCAGCCGCACGGUGCGGCCCCAGAGCUCGUACACUUGCAAACGCAUUCCCUUUCGACUAGAAAACUAGCCCAGCAAGUUGCUCCGUAUUUAUACUGUGGAAGUAUAUAGCACGUAUAGCUCGCUAUUUUCUUCGAAAGUCCCGAAAAUGGUACUCAAACUCUGCCUGCAAUACUAGCCGGCUAUGUUCUGGCGCGGGAACCGGGUCGGCGGACCGGCUUCGACGAACACCAAUCGGGCGGAAAGUAGUGGUGCGGCUACGGCGGGCAGCUCCACCGCCCAGCAACAGCAGCUUCGUACUAUGCAUUGCGAAAUAUUUCGACCGCGUCGUCAACGUGUGCGUUGUCUUGUGAAUUUGAUCCGGACAACUCAUUUGCUAAUAGGCGGUUUAUCUGUUCUGGUAUAUCAUACAUGCGAAUCCCGCAAUGAUGAAUUUCGCACACCCGUGGUCGUUCUUCACUGCACAGCACGCAGAUGGCGCGUUCUUUGCACUUUUGCCAUCCAUACAGGGCGAGCAGGAGCAGCGGGAUGCCGCGCUGGCCGCCCGUCUCGCGCAGGAGGGCGAGGAUGAGCAGUUGGCGUGGGCGUUGAGCGGGGAAAUGGGCGCGUCCGGACCACCAAUAAUAAACCCAAGUCCCGCAAUGGGUCCUCUCGGUGGGGGUUCGGGAAGCGGUAGCAACCACGGGCCGGGUUUCAGCCCGUUUGCACCCGCAGGUAAGGGGCAACAGAAGGGUGCUACACCCGGGCAUGCGAACUUCCAGCCGACUAUGGGCAAAACGGGCGGGAAUGUAUGAUAGCAAGAAAAGUAGAUGGUUCUGUGAUUUUGUCAUGCGUCAGUAUGCAGUUCAUCUCCAGUGCCAGUAGCAGCGGACGACCGCAACUUAUUGAUGCAAGGUAAAAACGAGCUUAUAUCCGAGCAUGACAAGAUCGGCAGAGCAAACUUUUUCCUUCCACACCACGCGCCGGGGAAUAAAGGCGCAAGAAAUAACGCUCACGGAGACAACAUGGUUUUGGUCCAGCCGGCCGGGGGCGGCCAGCCCGUCCUGAUUCCCGCGAGCGCGCUACCCGGGCUAAUGCAGCAGGCGCAGCAAGUUCAGCGGGAGGAAACCAACGACGAGAUGGUGUACGUGGCGUGCGAGAUCAAUCAGGUGAUGGUGGAGAUGAUGAUCGACACCGGCGCGCAGAACUCCGUGAUCUCCAAACCCCUCGUGGACCGCCUCAAGCUGAACUCAAAAUUGAACACCAUGCGCCAGGGCGUGGCGUCCGGCGUGGGCACCGCGAAGAUUUUGGGCACGCUGGAAAACGUCGCGGUGACCUUCAACCUGGUGGAGUUUUUCCUGGACUUUGUCGUGCUAGACAUGAAGGAGCCGCUGUUCAUGCUGGGGAUCGACCAGAUGCGAAGGUUUAAGUGCAUUCUCGACUUGGAGAAAGAGUGCAUCAUCUUCGGCGGGAAGGGCGGCGUGGAAAUUCCCUUUCUCAAGGGCGCCGGUCGGCACGGCGGUCAGCACCCCUUAGCCGGGAGUUGUCCGCAAAUGUAGGAUAAGAUUAUUUCCGUGCGGUUGGAAUAGCAAUAGUGCUGCUAUCGAAUGAAGAUGAACUUCUGAAGUAGCACACAAGAACAUGCCAUCAAACUCCUGUACAAAAACACAAGAAAAGAUUGGAUGUGGAUGAUCAUGUAGUAUUGCCAGUAAAUUGUUGUUUCGCACGUUUUUACGACCGAUAUCAAUUUCAAUUACGUGAAGAGCAACGCCCGUGC